AUGGCGGCUGCAAGACAACUUCCCGAGACCUUUCGUAAACUGGUUAUCACCAAACUUUCCACCAAUUACAGAGAAGCUGUGGAACUUAAGACUGUACCUAUGCUGCAACCUGGACCAAAUGAGCUACUCAUUAAAAACAGGUGAAGAAAACAAUGAUGUUAAUAUGUACGAAAUAUGUAACUUACAUGUAAGCUUAGUUGUUCAUAUUUUUAUUUAUGGGAGUCAUCUUUGGAGUCCUUCCGUUGAAAAUUCGCCUAAUAUUCCUUAAUAUUCCUCAAUAUUUUUUCCUGAAAGUUUGGACAGGGUGGUGUCUAUUUCUUGAAAAUAUUUUCUUUUUGUAAAAUUUUCUGAUAGCCACUGUUAGGCUAAAACUUGUAAAUUUCAAAGGCAAUUAAGCUCAUUGAAUGAAUGCGAUUGACUAUCAUCUGAAGAAUUACAGAGAUCGAGGAGCGUGUGGACGAGGUGGAUAACACCUUUUGGAGAACUCCUUAAUUAAUUAUAAUAUAUUCAUUCAUUCAAAAUAAUUCCUAGUUUAAAAACAAGCUAAAACAUGCUUACCUCCAUCAAUGUUAAGUUUAGCUUCGACAGUGCAUCGUAAUUGGCAAGUUUAGGAGAUAUUAAGGGUUGGUCAGCUCCGCAAAUAUUCUACAAAUAGCAGUUGUUGUCUUGCUGUUUUUUCAAUGUUCUUAGCAAUAGUUCCCCUAUUUAUUCCUAUUUAUUUUUAAUCACUUCCCAACAACUCAACCAUGUCCCCAGCUCUUUUCAUUUAACAGUUCAUUUAUAAUCUGGCAAUUUGCUGCAUGAUUAACAUCAUUUUUCACAUAUCCUAAAAUUCUUCCAAAUGUGGAUGACAAUAGCUGGUUAUGAAUUAUGCAUGGUAUUUAAGCCAAUCAGAAAUGGAGAAACAUUUUGAAUGAAUAAUAAUAAUUUCUUCUUCAAACCCUACUUUUCUGUUUAAGCUUAGAGUCUAUGUUUUUGUUUUGUGUGUGUAUGUUUUUUACUGUAAUAAUUACUCCAGAUCUCCUUAUUUCACUAAAUGAUUCACAAAAUUUCUUAAUACGUCUCCCUUCAAGGUAUGUAGGAAUCAAUGCCACAGAAAUCAACCAUUCAGCUGGUCGAUACCAUCCGGGGCAGUCUCCUCCUUUAGAAGCCGGCUUAGAGGUAAGAGUUAAAAAAAUCUGGAGCCAAGAUCUCAGAAACCUAUAUACGAUGGAACCCUGGCUUACUUCCACCUUGGUAAUACGGCCACUUCGUUAUUAUGGCCACCUUGUUUUGGCCGCCCAGCAAAAUGGCCAUACAUUUUCUUGUAAAGAAACCCUCGUUAAUACUGUCACCUCGUAGUUAUGGCCAAUCUUUUUUUGGCCCGUUGGUGACCAUAUUAACAGGGUUCCACUGUAUUACAUGCCAACUCUCCAGGGUUAUCCAGAAUUCUCCAUGGUAUGGCACAAAUCUUCAAGUCUUCUGUAGGUCAGCGAAUCUCCCAGAUGAAAAUGAAUUUUGAGUUCUGUGUGCUUUAGUUUGCAAGUUAGUCGAUUACUCCCCAAAACUUUGAAAUGUUUUUUAUCAUAGUAUGGUUUCCAUGGCUUUUUUGGACGUAUUUUCAUCUCUGACAAGACCAUCUCGUCAAAAAAGCAAAUUUUGAUAUUCUGAACUUCACGUAAGACUUUGUGUAAUGUCCUGAGCCAUCCCAAUGUGUCAUAAUUUGGGACUGGGUCGAUUUGUGUUGGUGGAGGGGGUGGGAGGGCAAGGGGGGAGUAAAAAGGGGGUGGUUGAUGUUUGCAAAGUACGGCAAAAGAGACGGUCUCCCGAUUUUAAAUUAUUCUCCAGAGGUUGGCAUGUCUGGAAACUCAUAUUUCCAUUGCCAUAUGAAAAAACACCUGCUGUUGUUUUUAAGGUUGGAAACGUGCCUUGUUUGGGUCGUCAUUCAUCUAUAGUUUUGUAACCCAAUAAAACAUCUUGAUCUUAGAGCUUGGUGGUGCCAUCAGAAAAUAACACAAUACUUACACCAGUUUCCUCCUGUCCUAAAAAAUUUUAGUUUACAAAUGUUAACUGCUUGAUUCGUUAUUGUUCGUAGUUGGUUAAAUGUUAGUCUUGACGCAUGACUAUUUUUACCGCUUGCAACUCCACCAGAGACCUGUCAAUGAUCUGUCAACAGCUGUUAAAUUAACCAAUCAGUUACUCUGUUUCUGGGCUGACAGAGGGUUUUUUACUUCAAGGACCAUGUUUGCAAUUCUGCAGGCUGAGAUAAGUUCUAGAUGGAUUUUAAAAGAAGGGCGGACUGCCAGCAGUCUAGUUUGGGGCUCAUGACAUUGGUCAUACAUAACAUUUUUCUUAAUAGGGUAUAGGAGAAGUGGUGUCAACAGGCGAGAAAUGUACAGAUGUUCCCAUUGGUCAAGCUGUAGGAUAUUUUAAGUACGGAAGCUUCUCGGAAUACAUGGUUAGUGUUUGUUUUUAAUCUACAAAAUAAUAAUAAAAACUGUUGUGUCAAGCUUAGAGUAUUUCGUGGCUUACCAGCUUCUCUGACUCUUGUCUAGCAAUGGUACUUCUUUUGGUUGAAAACAUUCCACCCUGAAUUGGUCUUACAUCUCCAUACCAUUACGUUGUGCUGGAAACGCUAAUAUUAUAAAGUUGAAGUUUUUUAUAGCAAUCUUUGUUGACUUCUAUCGGCGGCCUCCCUCUUAGACUUAUGGAACCUUAGCCUAACUUAGCCUAAAUAAAAUCUAUAGCCACAUUUAAAACUCUCCACUUAGGAUGUUUAUUCCAUGCACCUAUUUUUUUUUUUUUUAAUUUCCUUUUACACUUUUUCUUUAGACAAUUCCUUCAAAACAUGUGUUCCCCCUACCAAGAAUAGAUCCAGCUUAUGUUUCCUUGCUAAUCAGUGGACUGACUGCUGGUAUUGCUCUUGAAAAGGUAAAUGGAAUAUUUAGUGGCUUCUGUAAUUAAACUUGCAGUAUACUUAGUGGAAGAUGCGCAUGAGCUUGCUUCCCAAAGCUUUUAUAGGUAUCCAAAAAUUAUCCAUCCAUACCUUGUGGGUAUAGGUGUAUCACCCCACCCAUCUGACAACUCUAGUUUCACUUUUUAUCUUCUCCAACACUCACAGUUUGCAAAAGCCUGCUGACAAUCAGUUCUAAAUACGGUUGUGUCUGCGGGCUAAGUUUGUAAUGAUUGUCACUAAACAGCUGUUGAUGAUUCCUUGAAAACAUAAGCAUUUGAUUUUCAGUAACGCAAAAUUUUCUCUUACUAUUAUCAGGCAUGCAUUUUUUAUUUUAAAUUUAUUGACCCUCUUAGCCCAGUUCCUCAAAAGAUGGUUAAGUUUAACCAAGAGCCAUAAUAUCGCAUAAUGGUUUAACCCAAGAUUAAGACAAAUUUGAUGCACAGUCCUCUUGAACAUGUAAGUUGAGCUUACAAAUACUGUUGAGUCUUUACUCUGAGAUACAGUAAUGAUAGCAACAAAAGUUACUCCAAGCAGAACAUAGGAGGGUAAAUACAAAAAGAGGAACAAAAUUUUAAUCCUGGAUUAGCACUCUUUGAAUUGGCCUUUUAGGAACCAGGUAUAACGAAGUGUAUUGAAGUACUUCUUCUCCUCAGGUUGGUGAAAUUAAGAAGAAUGAAACAGUUCUAGUGACAGGUAAAUAUAAACUAACAAACCUGAAAUUUCCCCUUCCCCUAUUAAUGAUCAUUUAUUAUUAUCUUGUGCAUUGAAAAACUACUCAAUCAAAGAUAGAGCCUUCUUGACUAUCUUAAGUUUCAGAAGCUGUGAAUGAAUAAAGUAAUCUGACAGGCAGUGUCCUGAGCUGAGUUUCUUCUCAAAUUUGAUUUUCAUGCAAGUUUUACUUUGAAUUAUAUCCUCUCAUUUUAUCCUACAGCUGCAGCUGGUGGAACUGGUCAAUUUGCGGUAAGUAAAAAAAAAAUUAAAACCAAAUGACACUUUCAAGAGCUCUUUGUAGCUUCAUUGUUCUUCUCUGAUGGAGACCAUUAUGACAAGGAAAUCCUUGUGUUGCAGGUUCAACUCGCUAAAUUGGCUGGAUGUCAUGUGAUAGGCACGUGUUCAACAGAUGCUAAAGGGGAGUUUUUAAAAGUAAGUCUUGAUGUUUCUCCUGGGGCCUCUUUUCUCGAAGGUAUCAGUUACUUGGGCUAGCAGGAAAGCUGUUAGAUUGUCGCGUUUUCGAAUUCAAGCUUAAAGUUUUAAAUUUUAUUUUACAUUGUUAGAAAGAUUUUUCCAUAGAACAAGAUGAAAUAUAAAGCUACCAAACAUGACCCAUUUGGUCAAUCUGAAAACGAAUGUUAUAACCGAAAUAUGAGCUUAUCGGAGUUCAAAUACAAAUGCCCCUCUAGUGCCACUGGAAAAGCGCAUCAGAUGACAAAGAGGACAUACAAACUCUUCUUAUAAAAGGGAGUUGAGUGCCUUCUUGACGCUGGGAUGUGUAAGUUAAUGUAAGUUUGUCCCAUUCGCUUGCUCAUGACAUGCUCACAAUCCUGCAGGACUGUAAGCAGUCUGUAUGGCAACACCCAUCGGAGAUUAACAUAACGUUUUUGAAACCAUGUUUGACCCGCGCGAAAAAGCAAACAAUGGCACUUGUAAAGCACGUUUCUAUUUUCUUGUAUAUCUACAGCAACCGCACUUCAUUUCCCGUGGAUACGGAUGAGAUAAUUGGAAAAUACGUUAUAGUAACAUAUUCAUGUAUAUGUUUCUUGUUAGUCUCUUGGUUGUGACCGGCCAGUAAACUACAAGACUGAGAACCUGGAUCAAGUACUGAAGAAAGAGUAUCCCGUAAGUGUGAAUCUGAUGACAUUUUUUCUUGCUAGCGGCUUUGUUCAGCACCUCUCGCUUCCGCAAACAGCAAUUUUCCCUUCCCAUCUUCCCCCGCGUACACGUGCUUUCUUUUUUCCCUUUCCCAACCUCACAAAGAGGCCUCUACGUACGAGAGAUACAUUCCAACUGAACUGCUUAGUACCGACGCUGUAAUGACGGAUUGCGGAGGUGUCGGUAUGAUAAAGGUAACAAUGGCCUCUUUGAGUCUUUGCAGCUGGUCAUUCACGUGGUACAAAACCGCCAAGCUGGAGGGCAAGAGAUGCACUGGCACAAGUAGGCUUUUGUACAUUAUGCUAGCAUUUUUUCGAGCAUUUUAGUGAGGCAAAAGCAUUGAGCAUUAUUCGAGCAUUUUAGUGGCAUUUUCCCCGGAAAAUUAAUUUUUCCGAGAAAAUAAAACAGAAAUUAACUUUUUCAGGAGCCCACGCCCCAUGAGCUCCUGCUUUUUAAACAAAAUGAAGACUAAAACUCAAAAUUCACAAAAAACCUAAUACAGCUGUUUUUUUGGCUGUAUUUAUGAACUUGUACACGUUGUCGUUGUUACUUGCAACACUUGCACGUUUUUGUAAGUGUAAACUUUGAAAUUAAUUAAAAAACCAUUUGUAUAAUGAGCAUUAACCGAGAAUUUUAGUGCCUUUUUUGGGGAGACCAAGCAUUUUAGUAGGAAAAGUGGAGCAUUAAGGUGAAGCAUUUUAGUAGGGAAGCAAAAAGCAUAAUGUACAAAAGCCUAGGCACAAGACAAACAAUGGAAAUUACCACUUUUAAUAUGAUGUUAUCUCUUUGUUUGUCUUGUCCCAGUGUUUCUCUUGACUCAGUACACUCGCGAAGCAAUUGACUUCGAACAACAUCUAACUUCAUUUUCUAGACCCACAUAAGGAGAUAUAUCGCGGCGGAGGCAACGAGAUCAACUCUGCUAAGUAUCGCGUUAGUAAUAAGUACAUUUUAUUCGACGCUCCUUAAACAACUACGCAAGUCAGCACAAGACAUCUGAUGGAGAUUUUAUAUCUCUUUCUAGACUUGGCAUAGGUGCCGUCCCUACGUUGAUUUAACCCCAGAAAAAUUCGUUCAUAUUCGACAAUUAAAACACAUCAGAAUAAUCGUAAUGAAGGUGUUAAAAAAUGCAACGUUUUCAUUGCUGUCGUCACUUGUGUUAUUUGCCUUCUGGCAAAUGUCGUCGUCUCCGUCAGUCUCGAAGGAGAAUGGACUGCGCCGGAAAUGUCAGUUCGCUGCGGAGCAGCGUUAUUUGCCUUCUAGCGGAGCAGUGUUAUUUCCUUUCUAGAAAAUGUCGUCGUCUCCGUCUGUCUCGAAGGAGAAUGGACUGCGCCGGAAAUGUCAGUUUGCUGCGGAGCAGCGUUAUUUGCCUUCUAGCGGAGCAGUGUUAUUUCCCUUCUAGAAAAUGUCGUCGUCUCCGUCUGUCUCGAAAGACAAUGAACUGCGCCGGAAAUGUCAGUUUUCUGCGGAGCAGCGUCGACUGUGACUCUUAAGUCCAAUUCUGGAAAGGCAGUCUUUGUCACAGUUGCUGUAAGUAUGGGGUGUUGGUAGCGAGGGUGCUGAAGCUACCCUCGCUCUUUGUCGCUCCCUUUUGUCGUGACACUGAUCUUCCCUCCUGGCUCCUGCUCUCCUCGCCCCUGUGCGCGCCACGUGACGCCAGUUGCUGCAGUCAGCUGCGGCUUCUAACAAAAGUAGAACAUCGAUUCAGAGAUAAUAGAUAAUUUCCUUUCUGUGCGUGUUUGACGUUGUAGAACGGAUGCGAUGUGGUUUACGAAUCCAUAGGAGGAGAAAUGUUUGAUACCUGUGUCAAUAGGUAAGCAUCAUGCUCCAUUAAAUUAAAUUAUUUCUCUCCUAUUUGAACACAGGUAGCCCCAGAUCGAAAUAUGAGCAUCGGCGUUGUCGCGUAAUCUACUUCAAAAUAUAACGAUGUUUGUGCUCUCUAUAAUUCUCCACCACAGGCAUACCAGUGUAAAAUAACUCAAUCAACAGGUGUGGCAACCCAAAUGCAGCUCAAGGUUUUAUUUGGCAAUAAAUCGCAUAGCCGCCCGGACUGUAAGAGAGAAAAAUAACAACAAAGUCGAGUCUUUUUCGACGUUAUUUUUGAUGUGUACCCUCGCGUGGAUAACAGAGAAAGAGCUGGAGCGAGUGAUUGCAAACAAAGGAGACUAAUUUCGUUGCAAGAAAAACAUGAAAAUGUCAUAGCGGCGGUGAGAAAAUGAGAUAUGCUAGCGGCCAGCCAGGUGAAAAUGAGCGGCAGUGAAAAAAUUAAAAGCGAACAGGAACACAAGCAACAAAAUUUUUGGUGAGCUCGUGCGAUAACCAGGAAGUUUCACGUUUUAGUCGUGCAAAACAACAGCAAAGAAAUGUACAAAAAAGUGUGCUGCACGUGCAAAUUUGUUUUAGUGCUCUGAAUAUAGACUAUUUGAUUUCAUUCUCAUUGCCGUCCCCGUUUAACAGUACACGAUUUAUUUUUUGGUUAUAAGUAUAUUAACCAGAGCUUAGCCCUGCCUAUAUCUAUAUAUUAUUAUAUGUGGGUUGAUUCUUGUAAGUUUUUUAGUCUAUGCCUCAACCAAGGCGGAUUCUUUUGAUUGUUCUUAGGUUUCUGUUAUUAAACCUUCUUGCCAAACCUCAAAUUUAGUACAAAUAAAACUCCUGAGGAUAGUUCUAGGUACCAUGCCACCCAGACUCGUAAUGUUUGUUGCUUUGUUUUUUGUCAAAUUAGAUUGGCGACGAAAGGCCGUUUGGUGACCAUUGGUUUCAUCACUGGCUACAAAUCCAAACUGGGAUUUUCUCCAGUCAAAAACGCUACUUUAAUCCCUAAGGUAAGAGAGAAAAUCUCCAAACAAGUCAAUAGCUUACACAAUAAGGUCAAUAAGCGACAGUUAUUGCUAAUAAAGGAUUAAAUUAGCUGCAAAAACCGUGGACGAAGAUCCUGCUAGUUGUAAACGUUGGAUCUCUAGAAAAGAGAUCAAAUCAGCCAAAAUAUAAAGAACCAAGAACAAGAAGUCCAAAGACUACUGCAAAGCUGAUUUAAAACAACGUAUAUUGUUUUUUAUAACAAUAUCUCGGCUGGCCAUACCAGCCUUCUUCAGGUUUACAGAUGUUACUGAACUUAUGUAGCAAUCACAAUAUUAUAUAAAUGGAGAAUGUCGCAAUAAAAGGGAGAGGCGGAAAUGACGUACAACAUAAAAACUGGAAAGGAAAAAUACUAUGGAUAUGGAUUAAAAUAAUUCGUCACGGCGGUUUAGGCCAUGAGGUUCAACAGUCAUGGCCGUAUCUAUCAAAUGCGAUAGAUAAGGCCAUUUUGAUAAAUAAGGCCAAGAAAGAAACGGUGAUGAGAAAGAUAGAUAAGAAAUGUGAUAGAUAAGGCUGCUAGUACAGAUAGACAAACAAGAAGACUUCAUAUCUUUAAGAUUUUUGCGUUUAUUUAGCAUCAGAUAAUACACUAAUAAUUCUAGUAUAUCCCGACCAAAUGACCUCUGAAGCCCGAACCCACACAUAGUGCGCUUGGGCUGCCUGUGCUAGAACAGCAAAACUACGGUUUCAAGCCAAUGAAUUCUGUGGCUGGAAUGGGGGAUGUUUGUAAAAGAUAUGGAUCACUACAAAAAAGAACAAUAUAAAAGAAACAAAAGCAGACUGAUAAUAAAAACACAAUCUAGAGUCUAUCCAUUACAAAAGCUUUGAAUCCUAAGUCCUUGUUGUGUUUCUCGCACUCCCAGCUUUUGACCCGAUCCGCAAGUGUUCGUGGAUUCUUGUUAUUUCACUACAUGGAGGAGUACAAACCAACCGUAGAUAAGCUGGUGAACUUGUACGACAGUGGAAAGUUAAAAUGCAAUAUCGACUUUGGACGAAGCUCAUUGUCUGGUGGGUUCAAAGGCCUGGACUCGGUAGUUGAUGCGGUUGAGGUAUGAGUGUUUGAUGUGAUGUGUUAGCCAGAUUUAUUCCAGUCACUGCAAAAACGAUUAUCUCUUCGCUUAGUUUCUUCGGCUUUGUGUUUUUAAGUUUGGGGAAAAAGGCGGAGCAGCUCGCGACAACGGGUAACUGCGAAGUCACGUGCAGUGCACACACUUAAGUCCAACUAAAGCCGCAUUUACCACAGGUAGCCCAAGCUCGAAUUAUAAGUAUUGACAGUUUCGAGCAUGGUCUACCUGUGCAUUUACACUACAAAGUUGUCUAGGAAAAACGUGUUACUCUCAAACUCAAAAGACAUGAACACUUGAGGUAUUUCAGGAAUGUUUAUUGUGGUACGACCAAUCACAUCAAAGAUACAGUAAGGAAAACUUACUCAUGUAAAUAAUGCAAACCAAACAUUUUGAUAACCCUCUUACACAGGCAAGUUUUUGUCAUGGAGAACUUAACCUUGUAAAGGGGCUUACAUUUGCAAGUUUUUCUUUACAAUCUUCUCCAUGCAUGUCAAAAAAAAACUCGCUCACAUCAACUCGGAUUGACAUGUGACGGGUUGUAACUAGCGAAGACAAAAUCACAGUGCUGCAUGUCCGCGCAGACUCGAAAGUGGAACCGAGGUUAAGCACAAUUACUGGCAGUCAAUAAGUAGUAGAGAGUUUGUGAUCUACAUCACAGAAAACUGCAUCGUUAGAGAAACAGUUACGAGUACGAAUUCACUAUAUUUAAGUGACGUUUUCGCUACCGUCGUGGUUGCUUAAGCUCUUUAUUUAAAAGUAGAAGCGCACACAUUAAGGGUGUGUUUAUAUGGGGUGGACCAGCCCGGCCUGCUUUACCGGGCUAGUUCGGCUCAUGCCUUGUUUCCCCAUAAAACUUUCAUUGUGUUUUAUAUGAGAAGGCGGGCUGGCCCGGUUUGUUGCGGUUGUUCGAGCCGAGACUUCGGCAAGCAGGCGAGCCCGCCUCCUCGCAUAAACACAAUGAAACUCCCCUUUAAGAAGAAGCAAGGCAUGAGCCGAGUUAGGCCGGCUAACCAGGCUGGCUCAUUUAACAGGCCCUAACAUAUACCAACGGACUUGCCCAUGCAACGUGUAAAAAAGGGAUUUUUCUUCUCUUGUCGUUGUAUCAAGUUUGUGAAUUAAGUGUCUCCAGUUUGGUCCAGGAAUUACCAUCAGGUUAAUUGUUUUUGUUUUGUUUUGUUUUGUCUCUCUCCAGUAUCUGCAUAGCGGGAAAAGUUCUGGCAAAGUUGUAGUUGAACUACCUGAUGACGUCAAAAGCCGUUUAUGAAAGCCGGUGUCUACCAUAUAGUAGUCUACAUAUAAUGAUCCUGCCAACAGAUAAACGGAACUUACGAUGGCCCUUGAGCUAAUGCCCAAAACUGAAAAGAUGUGAAUCCUUUCGAGCUAUAACUUGGAACAUAUGAACGCAUUUGACUUUAUCAUGAUUUAAUACUUGCACCUUGGAUGACCUUGCUUGUUCAUAAUUUCCCACCUACAGACCGUGCUUGUUUUCCAAACAGUGAACUAGGACUACAGUCGACUCCCCAUAGCUCGAACCUCCUAGGGAAAUCGAAGAAAGUUAGAGUUAGCGGGAGCUUGAGUUAUCGGGAGUUAUCGGGUGAAAAUAACCGCAAAUAAGAAAAAAAGCAGAUGAAUGGGGAGGGAGAAAUAGAUUGAUAUUUUGAAAAAGGAAUUAAGUUGCAAAGUUUGAGUAAUAUCUUAGGGAUGGACACAGAAUUUGAACUGGAGCUACAAAAAAGUAAAAACAACUAAAGAAUUCACACGGUUGUUU